AUUUUUUUCUGGCCAGGCUGCAGCCACAUAAUAGUCUGGGCUGCGAUUGGAGAGAGCAAGUGCGCACGGACGCAGACGAUAUCCGAGGCAGGCACCGACCAGAACAGAGCUCAACAUAGUAUCUGAUUUAACUGUAUUUGGGAAUCAAUUCAGAUUAUAAAGAGAAAACGUUCCAAUUGAGAAACGGAAAAGAAGAAGGGGUGAAAAUGGGACAUACAGUGUUACCCAUUUUGAUGGCCGUAUUGUCCCAUUGCAUGUGGGGAAAUGUCGAGGCCUUGGCCAUGGCUGAGGUGAAUGGACCGGGGCCCCUGGUGGCCGAGCCGCAGAUUGCCAUGUUCUGUGGGCGUCAGCUGCUGCACAUGAACCCUGAGACUGGCCAAUGGGAGCCUGACCCUCAGGGCCGGCAGGGCUGCUUCACAGAGCCCAACCAGAUCCUGUCCUACUGCCAAGAGAUGUACCCAGCCCUACAGAUCUCCCAUGUGGAGGAGUCCUCCAGCCCUGUCACCAUCCCAGCCUGGUGUAAGAAGGGCUGGGGCCACUGCCAGACACGCCCCUUCAUCGUCAUGCCCUACCGCUGCCAGGUGAGUGAGUAUGUGAGUGAAGCCCUGUUGGUUCCAGACCGAUGCCGUUUCCUGCACCAGGAGCAGAUGGAUGCCUGUGAGAGCUACGUCUACUGGCACAACAUAGCCAAGGAGGCCUGCACAGCAGACAGUCUGGAGCUGCAUAGUUAUGGGAUGCUGUUGCCGUGCGGCGACCGUUUCCGUGGGGUGGAGUAUGUGUGCUGCCCGGGGAGGGGCGGGUCCAGUGGCAGGGGGGAGACCGAGGGAGGGGACGUUCUCUCAGCAGGACCCCAGGCCCUUAACCCUCAGGCCAAAGUCAACACAGGAGUCAAAGUGACAACACUCACUCCAAGCCCCUCUCCUGGCACCGAUGUGGACGAGGCAGACAUGGAGGAGGAAGAUGAUGAGAUGAUGGAAGAGGAUGAGCAGGUGGUGGAUGAGGAAGAGGAGGCAGAUGAGGAGGAGGAGGAGGAAGAGGAGGAGGAGGAGCAGCAGGAGGUUGCAGAAGCAGCAGCAGUGAAAGACCCAGAGGAGUAUGAGUACUCCAUUGACUCUGGCCCCUACCAGGCUACUGACUACACAGACUCCUUCUACUAUGAGAAAGGCCAGGGUCAGGCUGGUCGCAACCCCUCCACAUCCCAACCCCAGACCAGGGGAGACAGCCUACCCACCCCUCGCCCCACAGAUGGUGUGGAUGUUUACUUUGAGAUGCCAGGGGACGACAGCGAACACGCCAACUUCCUGCGUGCCAAGAUGGACCUGGAGGAGCGGCGAAUGAAACGCAUCAAUGAGAUCAUGAAAGAAUGGGCUGAGGCUGACAACCAGUCUAAGAACCUGCCCAAGUCUGACCGCCAGGCCCUUAAUGAGCAUUUCCAGUCUGUGUUGCAGACUCUGGAGGAGCAGGUGGCAGGGGAGAGACAGAGGCUGGUGGAGACCCAUCUGGCCCGUGUGGUGGCCACCCUCAACAACAACCGCAGACUGGCCUUGGAGAGCUACCUGACCGCCGUGCAGGCCGAGCCCCCUCAGCCAGAGCGGGUGCUGCAGGCUCUGAAGCGAUACAUGGCAGCAGAGCAGAAGGACCGCAGACACACUCUGAGACACUACCAGCACAUUGAGGCCGUCGACCCCCAGAAGGCUGAGCAGAUGAAGUUCCAGGUCUACACCCACCUCCAUGUGAUUGAGGAGAGGAUGAACCAGAGCUUGGCUUUACUCUACCAGGUCCCUGCCUUGGCUGAGGAGCUGCACGAUGAUAUCCAGGAGCUGGUGAAGGCGGAGCGAGGAGACAUCAGUGAGCUCAUGACCACUUCCUUCUCUGAGACACGCACCACCGAGGAGCUGCUUCCUGCCGAGAGUGAGGAGGAGAAGGAUGACGAGGAGGAGGAGGAGAGAGCCUUCCAGAACAGGCCCUACCCACCCCGCAUCGACCCACAGGCCAACACUAAGAAAGCCUCUACAGACGAGUAUGACUAUGCCACAUCUGAGAGAAGCCCCACAUAUGAAUAUGAAGAGAAAAUUAACACCUCUCUGGAGCUCAAGCAGGUGGUCUACAAGUCUCCUGAGAUCCAGACCGAUGAACUACAACCAGACGCCCUGGAGACGUUCAACCGUGGGGCCAUGGUGGGGUUGCUGGUGGUUGCCGUGGCCAUCGCCUUGGUGAUGGUGAUCAGUCUGUUGCUGGUGCGCAGGAAGCCGUAUGGCACCAUCAGCCACGGCAUUGUGGAGCAGGUUGACCCCAUGCUGACCCCAGAGGAGCGCCAACUAAACAAGAUGCAGAACCACGGCUACGAAAACCCCACCUACAAAUUCUUUGAGCAAAUGAACUGAGGCGAUGGGUGUGGCCUCCCGGUCAUGCCCAAUCACACGAGGCGCUCCCUUUCCUUGCUCCCCUCCUAGGGGUGGUCCAAGUCACACCUCCUAUGUUGUAUUAAGAUGUAUCAUUACGACCAACACUUUAAUGUAACUUGACAAGCAAAUAGGGGGUAUAUGCCCCAAACCUCUGACCAACCAUGUCCCCACAUCAGUUUUGAAAUGUAAACCAGUAACAGAGACGUAUUACCAACUGACCCAUCCUCUUACUCUUCUGGUCUAGAAUAAAGGGGUGGACAUUAAUGCCACAGUGUAACAAUCAUCUCCUUUGGAGAGAUUCACUCCUGUCUACUUGGAUAGGAAUGCCAUUGGAAUGGCUUGAGUUGACCCCCUUAUUCUUAAUAAAAUGGAUUGAUAUUUGUCAGAAACGGACUCAAUGUUGAACAGUGCAUUUUGCUUUGUUGUGUAUGUCAUCUGUUUAUUCUUUGUUGGAUUGUGUUACAGCUCUGAUUCAUUAUAUUCCAGUUCAGAUAAAUGGUGUAAAAUGUGAACAAAUAAUAUAGUCUGAUUUAUAGUAUAACUGAUUUAAAUCUCCAUACAAACUGGUUCUCUAUCUAAAGCUACAAUGACUCUGACAUGAUGACCACCAAGCCAACCCCACCUCCAUGAGUCAAUGAAGGAUAUCUUCUUUCAAAGCCAGGCACAGUUGUAAAGGUUAAGCAGAGAUGAGGAGGUUGGGUAGUUAUAAGGAAUGAAGCAGAGAUGAGGAGGUUGGGUAGUUAUAAUGAAUGAAGCAGAGAUGAGGAGGUUGGGUAGUUAUAAUGAAUGAAGCAGAGAUGAGGUUGGGUUGGGAAUGUGAGGUAUUGAAGCUUGAUUAACUUAGUUGUUACUUAGUUAUUACUUACACCAACAUAUAUUAUCAAUCCAUAGUAAAAUGGGUUUGUGGUCUUUUGAUAUUAAGCCCAACCUCAUCUCCUUCAGUCUGUGGCAUCUGACACAACCGGCACCCAGUGCCUAUUCUAUGUGAUGUGAACUAUUUAAUUGAACUAAUGUACCAAAUGUAUCAUUUAAGUUAAGUGAAUGACUGCUACCUACAAAAUUGUAACAAAGUAAUGAGAAGUCCAUUAUUUUAAUGAGAGCAUGCAGAUUUGGUGUAUGAUGCUACCGUCUUUGUGUUGUUCCUGUUCUUUGCUUUUGAUAAGAUGGAAAUGUGACAGAUUAAAAUGGACAGUGUAAAUAUCUUUAGAAAAAAACAUCUUCAAAAUAGACAUUUCUAGAAUUAUUUUGCAUCAGUGUAAUGGAAUAAAAACAAAAAAAGAAUACCUUGUGCUGUUCAGAGAGAGAACAUUUUCCUAACAUGGCUGAUUGAAAACGGACUGUUGUAAAAACCAGCACAAGACGACACAGUUAACUUCUGACUGAAUGUAUUUUAGGUAGACGUUGAGACUCCAUUUCCUCUUCGGUAGGGCAUCACUCCCCUAGUAGAACCCCAAGGACUAACCGGUAAUCAGUAGACAAGCUACAUAUCCAAUACCUUCCUCAUUAUCUCACUGUAGUGUAACACUGGAUGUCUCUUUUCACUAUUUGCAGGUCUGAAUGAGAACAGUGGGAUGUCAUUCAUUAUUGUGGUGCAAUGGACUUUAGCAUUAGGGAACAUAGUGAUGUUGGCAACAUGGUGAUAUUGUGGAACAGUUGCACCUAAGGGAGGUACGCGGAGGACUGGACUAUUGCUCAGAUUGGGUGGGACCACUAUUUGCUCUAGCACACCUUUGAGUUAUUUUCAGUUUAUUGCUUCAAAUUCAAGUUGAAUCUUUAUUAGGGACAACCGGUUUCAGGCAGGAUGAACAUACAAUACAGAACAUAUAGACGCUGUAUAAACACCAGUUGAAUGUUAGUCUACUAGGGAGAUGUGUUGCAUCUCACUGAAGUAUCUGUCACUGUUAUAAUGAUCAAUAUCAUUCACUGUAUAUAGAUAAGAAGGCAUUGCCCACUUUUCAAUGGCUGAUUGUUGACCUCUUGGAUGGGUUUUAUGUUGAAUUUAUUUUCCACUUCAUUAUUUUGGUACCAGAGAGUUCUUUGUGUUGGAUGGUUACAUACACAGUAGGAGGUUUCUUCAUAAUCAACAGUGUCAACUACAACUACUGUUGGCCUACUGUACUACAGAGGAUCCUAACCAAAACCAAUCAUCUUUCACUACUCUCAGAAUUCUGAAAAUAGCACUUUGUACAACACCACCAGUCCUGAAACAUCCUUAGAGGUUCAUUCUUUAUUUAUAACUCAUGGCUAGGUUGUUCUGCUGUUGUGUACUCCACUCCACUUGUGUACUCCACUGGCGACACGAGGGAGUCAAUUAUUGAUCACAUCAGAGGAGAGAUGUGGCUGACUCAGUCUCAUCACCUCAAACCGUCCUGUUUCUUUAUUCAAACACUGCUUUGAAUAUGGGAAGAGGAGUUCAAAUGCUUGAACUCAGAGAUUUGAAUUUUCCAUGUAUUGCUUUUGGAUUGUAGGAAUCACAGGUUGUGGUUACUGAAUCAAGAUAAUUAGAGAGCUGAGAGUCUUUUUAUAAUUUGUACAGCUCCGUUUAGUGAAUGAAAACAUGGUAUGUUCACAGUAAGUCAGUUGAACCUUGUAUCGAUACUACUGAAACUAUAGAAGAGAAUAAGCUUGCCUGUGUUUCCCCAAAGACUCAAGGUUUUCAUACCAGCAUUUAGCAGAUGUAGAAUGGUAUAUACUGUAGUGACUGAACACACAUUUGUAUGUCCUCUCUUGAAUAAGAUACUUGUUGGCCUUCCUCCCCUCCCCACCAGAGAAAAUAUUAAACAAUUAUAUGGAGAGUUUAAUUGCUGCAUUAUUGCCUUUUACAAUGCUGUGUUUUGGAUGUAAUUAUGUAUUUUUAUUUGAGUAAUUAUCAAUUGGAUUGAGGGUCAUGUUUUCUCACUGUAUGAAAAAUAUAGUAGUUUGUUUAAGGCACCGUAAACAGGUUAAAUGUCUAACCUGCAGUUCAGAUACAGCAGACCUACACUGUCUAAGUGCAUUGUUGGGCCAGUAGCCGAAAGGUUGCUGGAUCGAAUCCCCGAGCUGACAAGGUUCAAAUCUGUCGUUCUGCCCCUGAACAAGUCAUUUAACCCACUGUUCCCCGGUAAGGUGUCAUUGUAAAUAAGAAUUUGUUCUUAACUGACUUGCCUAGUUAAAUAAAUGUUCAAUUAAAAAUAAUAAAGUCUAUAACUAAAUUGUCCAUGGUGUGGCGCCAAGCACAACUGUGAACAAAAUAUUGCUCUAUGUCAGACAGAUACUGACUGUAUAUAAUGUGAACUCCCACCAUUUUGACUAUACUCUGAUUGGAAUGAGGGAGCUAAUCUUCAAAUCCAUUCAGAACUUGACCAAAGACAUACUUUGCUCUAGAAGAGGUCAGACAACUGACUAAUUUGGCCAAUUGUCCCUGAGCUAUGUAGAGUGUAAUUCAUGUGCAAGAAAUCUGAGCAAUGGCGAUCUGAUUAAGCUAAUUAAAACUGUAAUAAAAUUAAAAAUGACCCACGAAA